AUGGGGGACUUCGUGUUUCUCAAUGUCUCCCCAUGGAAAAAAUUACUGAAGUUUGGGCGACAGGGUAAGCUUAGCCCUAGGUUCAUUGGGUCUUACCGUAUACUGAAGCGUGUGGGACCGAUCGCCUAUCAACUUGAGUUGCCUCUAGAAUUAGACCGGAUUCACGAUGUGUUCUAUGUCUCCAUGCUAAGGCGUUAUCGCUCUGAUCCCACACAUAUAGUACCAGUCGUGGAGAUCGAGGUUAGGCUAGAUCUGACCUUUGAGGAGGAGCCAGUACAAAUAUUAAACCGAGGGGUUAAAGUACUAAGGAAGAAAUCUAUUCCACUAGUCAAAGUGCUUUGGCAUAAUCAAAGUUCAGAAGAAGCCACGUGGGAACCUGAGGAGGCGAUGCGUCGGCAAUACCCUCAUCUAUUCUGA